AUGAUCUACGAUGUAUUGGAGUUAUUAUUGAAUUACAUGCAGUAUUUAUAUCUCACAAUAACGAUUGCCCCAAGUGUGUUUCCCACACUGUACUCAUCUCCAUUCAGGAUUAUAGAUAUCAUUAUGCAGACCAUCACUUACACAGCUCGCACUAAUAACCACAGUGAAGAGAAUAAUAGUAAUAGUAAUAGUAAUAGUAAUAGCUAUAUACAGACAGGCACUUCAUUGAAUGUACUGCAGAUAUUUGCGCUCACAAAUAUUUUAGCUCCAUUGGCGCUUGUUUUGUUUUCUGCUCUUAUGUUUGGACCGUUACUUUUUAUUAUUUUUGUAUAUCUUCUUUGCACGGCUGUAUUUAUAAUGGUGGCGGGAUCCUUGUUAUUAUGGUUAACACACACACAUGCCUCUUUAUAUCCUUGGCAUGAUAUUAUGGAAUUAACAGAACUUUUACAGAAUAUUUCAAACCAAACUGCAAUGAUAAUGAUGAUUAUAGGAUCCAUUGGUGUAGUCUUAUUACUUAUUGUGGGUAUUGUGGUUUGUUUGCGUUGGGGAAGUCGGGAUCGCAGAGAAGUGAUGGAACAAUUACGGCAUUUUGAAAACGCCCCACGAACAGUAGAAGAACGAGUGGCCGCUCAAUUAUUACGUCAACACACAAACACGACAGAUGUGAACCCAACAGAAACGACUUUACAUCAUCUUAAUAAUAAUAAUAAUAAUAAUAAUAAUAAUAAUAAUAAUAAUAAUAAUAAUAAUAAUAAUAACAGUGAAUAUGAAAUGGAAGAACAGUCGGCUAGGGCUGAAUUGGCUUAUAGACGGAUGUUGUGGUCAAGAGAAAAGGAAACGGCAUCUUUUUCAGUUGUAUGGACAAUAGUGAAAGUGAUAAUGGCGGUUGUGUGUUGUGCGGCGGCUUUUCUAUUCGCACGAGUACAGGAAUCCAAAGCACUGGAGCCCAUUCAAAGUAGUCCAUUCUUUUUUCCUAUUGCUGCUGUGUUGUUUCUAUUGGCAAUUCUCUUCACCGUAUCUUUUAUAUUGGGUCUCACACGUAAAGGACGUCAACGACUGUUUGCUACCAAGUUGUGGUUACGACAUUUAUUUCUCUCCAUCAUAUUUCUUGGAAUAUCUUUUUUGUACGCCCCAAUUCUGAGAAACGCCAUUGGCCUUUUUUCCUGUUUCGCCACUACUACUAUUACUAAUAAUUAUAAUAAUAGUAGUAAUAAUAAUAGUAAUGUGGAUAAUAAUGAUGAUAGUGGUAUCAACAAUUAUAAGAGUGAUGGAUCCGAGUUUGUCUGUGUAGUUAAAGGUGUACAGGAUAAUCAUACAAGACUCUCUCAUGCCUCUAUGGAUACAUAUUCUUCUUGUAAAAGCGUAGAUGGAUUUAUCUCAGCCUCUGCAAUACUUAGUCUUAUUGCUUAUAUUCUUUUUUUUGUACUUCUUUACGCCCUUGUCACUCGUCAAGUACUACGCGCAUUAAAAUAUUAUCCUCUUUCCCACACAUCCUCAUCCACAACAGCAUCAUCGGUAUUAUUAUACACUUCUUCACCAUUAACAAGAGUCUCACAAUCUUUAUGGAGAAAUAACAGAGAACGAGAACAACAACAGGGUGGAAGGGGAGGAACAUCUACUUUGGAUCAUACUAUUACCCACAAUUGGAUGUCAAGGAAUACUUUAUUUCCCUCAAAUACAAUACGAUCACAUGUGAAGAAUAGAAAGAAGAAACGAUAUGGAUCUUAUUAUGAACGUGUACGUUUAUCGCAGAAUGAGGCACAGUUUCUCUAUGCCCCUUAUACACAUAGAUUCCGCUAUUUUAAACUUCUUGUGUUAGCCCAGAAAACUGCUAUGGUUAUCUUCUCUACUGUAAUGCGUGAGGGAAGUGGAUUGGCAAGUCCAUGGACGGGAUUUGUAGCCUGUUUAUUAUUACAUAUUGGGUUUUUUAUUGUUUUGAUUCUCUGUCGUCCAUAUGCGGAACCGUUAGAGUUUGUGGUGAGUCUUUCACUUCAAGUAAUGUUGGCUAUCUUUGCAGCUAUGGGACUUGGAUCUGCGCUUUAUAUGAAUAAAGUUCAUAGUACGAGGGUUGUGGGAAUUCCAUAUCCAUUAUGGUCUUUUGUCACUUCAUGCCUUUUUGUUGUGCCUUGCGUGGCGGUAUUAAUAGGGGCAUUGUUAACAUUAUGGAGAAGACGAGUUUAUUGUAAUAAUAAUAAUAAUAAUAAUAAUAAUAAUAAUAAUAAUAAUAAUAAUAAUAAUAAAGAGGAAGGAAGAGGAAGAUGGGUAUAUGGUUUUCUGCAGAUGGGUCUAUCGUAUGUAAAGAGGCUCUUAUCACGCUUAAAACAAUCUCAGAAUGAGUAUUGGUAUGAACAAUAUGGACAUGCAUAUAUGGAGAAGCAGAUAUUCAUUCCAGCUCUUUACUUUUCACAGUUUGAUAAUAAUAAUAAUAAUAAUAAUAAUAAUAAUAAUAAUAAGAGUGGGAGUAAUGAACCGGCACCAGAGCUAAUCUUCAUGGAAAGCCCAAAAGCGGAAGUGUUGAUUACUCAUCACAGUGUGUGUAGUGUUUCCCGUGCUAAACGGCAUUGGGCACUUCUCCGUGCGGCUGUUCUCGCCGGUCAAUUCCGCCCUCGUCGUUCCUCACAUCGACGGCAUCUCUCUGUUUCCUUCGCCGCAUCUCAUCAUAAUAAUAAUAAUAAUAAUAAUAAUAAUAAUAAUAAUAUUAAUAAUAAUAACUAUACACUGUCGCCUUUAUCAGCCAUGAGAAGUCACCUUUCACCCAUAGGAACAGGAAUAAAAAGUACUCUUACAAUGCAUGAAGAGAGUGAAAAGGAUCAUGAUAUCACGAUGUUAUUAGAGGCGGAACGUACACAUAGUCUUGCCAUGACAGCACUUCUCUCAACAGUUGGAAAUGAAAGUCGUUGGGGAAAGAAUUCCCCAUCUUUUAUUAAAUAUAAGAAACGAAAACCUAAAAGAGGAAAACGGCAAACUGUACGGAAUAAAAACUCCCAUUCUCUCUUAUUAUCAUCAUGGCAACCUAUUUCAGCUCCACAUGAUGUUUGUCAACAGGAGGCUUUUCUGGAACGUGUACAGGCCUUCUCUGCCCGUCAACGUUUAUUGGCGGUAUUUAAUCAACACAAGCGACACAUUACCCGUCAACAGCGGGCUGUGGAUUGUUAUAUUAAUGCCCAGGCCGCACAGACACUGCGGUAUUUACUGUUGGCUCUCGGUGUUGUGGUUUCUGUGGCUGCGGCCUUGUGUUUAUGUGGAAUGCAGUACAGGAGUGAAAGUACAUAUUAUUAUUAUGAUAAUGAUGAUGAUGGGUAUUGUAGGCAGAAAUGA